UUCAUAGUGAUAAAAAGCACUUACCAACGAGACAAAACAUGUGUGGUGGAUUUAUUUAUAUAAGUGGCAGCAAUGAUCUUCCAUAAAAAGAUCUACAAAUGAAACAAAUAACAAAUACAAGAAUACACACACACACAAAGAAAAAAAAAAUGGAGGUUACUUCACUUAAUUAAUUACUCCUACUGUCAUUUGGCAAAAUGCUACAGUACAAAAGAAGGAAAGGGAAGGAGGAGCAGAAGAGGAGGUGGGGAGAAGAAAAACAAGGGGGGGGUGGAGUGUUUACCAGUACAAUAAUGAGGUGAGACAGACAGCACAGACAGAUCAGCAGUGCACACAGCAACAUCAGCGGCUCUGAGUUCAUGACAUGGCAACAAAAAUCAUCUACUUCACGGUGAAUGGGAGACCAGAGCGGGCUGAGCUCCCAGUGGACUGCCCUGCUCAGGAUGUCAAAGAUUUGUUCCGCUCUGCAGCCGAGGCAGGACCCCAUGACAUCCUGAAGCUGUACAACCCCAAAGGCAACAUCAUCAACAUCUCCCCAAGUCUGGAGCCCAACAGCCCAAACUCCUGCUACAAGCUGGAGGUGGUGGCCACCGACUGCAACAGUGAGCCGUUAGGUGCAGAGCUUGCUGGUGCACUAGGAUUUGACCUGUCAUCCAUGGAGAAAAGACUGCAGGGCCUGGAGAAGAAAAUCCUGAUCGAGGCCGGGGAGACCCCUGCAGUUGUGUAUGAGAUGAAGAAACAGGUGGAUUCAUUCCGGGAGAAACUAGAGAGUGUGGAGCAUCUGAGCUGGCUGGGAUUGUUUAAAGAUCUGUCAGAGGGAACACACAAGCCCUCCCCGUUCUACCACAAGAGAACCCUGCGUAAAACCAGGAAGGAGUGUGAGCAUGUUCGGGAAAAGUUUCUUCAAAUGAGCUCCCUGGAGGUAUCCGACGAAGUGAGGCAGUACUUAAAGACCCCAACCUUUGAUAAUUGGCAGUGGGAGGACGCAGAGAUCAUGGUGCUCCUGCAUGUCAUGUACACAGAUUUAGAUUUCAUAGCGACCUUCAACAUUGAGCCUGAAGUACUGCAACAGUUCCUGUUUGAAGUCUAUCGAAGAUACAACAACAUCCCUUUCCACAACUUCAAGCACUGCUUCUGUGUUACCCAGAUGAUGUAUGGUUUGAUCUGGCUGACUGACCUAAGGAGUAAGAUGGACAGCGUUGACCUGCUGAUCAUGCUGACCUCUGCAGUCUGCCACGACCUCGACCACACAGGAUAUAACAAUGCCUAUCAGAUAAAUGCCCGGACUGAACUUGCUCUGCGCUACAAUGACAUCUCUCCACUGGAGAACCACCACUGUGCUGUAGCAUUUGAGUUACUGGAGAAGACUGAGAGCAACAUCUUCAGAAAUUUGUCCAUGGAUCAAUACAAACGGAUAAGGGAAGGGAUCAUCAAAUGCAUUCUAGCCACUGACAUGACGAGGCACAAUGAGAUUCUCAACAAGUUCAAGUCCAUCCUGCCAGCUUUUGACUUCACCAACAAGGACCACAGAGACGUGCUGAUGAUGAUUCUGAUCAAAGUGAGCGACAUAUCCAAUGAGGCGCGGCCCAUGGAAGUGGCUGAGCCCUGGUUAGACUGUCUUCUGCAGGAAUUCUACAACCAGCUGUCGUUUAUCUGCACUCAGAGUGAUAUGGAGAAGUUAGAGGGUCUUCCAGUCACCCCCUUCAUGGAUCGGGACAAAGUAACCAAGCCUUCAUCUCAAACAGGCUUCAUCAGAUUUGUCCUUUUGCCUCUCUUCAUCGAGCUGGCCAACCUCUUUCCCUGCUUGGAGCAACACAUUAUCGACCCAGUACGGAAGGCUCUUGAUUACUACACAGAGAUGGAGAAAGCCCUGGAGAGGGAGAAACAGAACCGGGCUCAGAGUGAGAAUGCAGCCAAGAGUAAGGAGACAGCAGUGGGCACACAGAGCCCGGCUGACAGCCAGACCGAUGCCGGGCCUGAAGCCUCGAAACCAGACACACAGUGAACCACGGACACGUGGGAGGAGUUUGCCUUCAGGGCUGUCCGGCAGAAAGGCUCCCUGCCUUUCUUUUUGCACACAGAAGUUUGCCAGAAAGCCUUAGUACUCGUUUAGGUUCUUUCUCCUAAACCUAACCAAGUAGAAAGGCUUUCUGGCGGAAAGCAAACUUCUCGCAAGUGUGAACUAUGGCGGACGGCACAUUUAAGAACUGAACAGCGCCUAACUUAAGCAUCUUAUCUAAAGAUUGUAUAACGUUAUAUUGAUUUAAAUGUAUUUGACCCUAAAUUUGCACUUUUACUUGUUUAUUUACUGGGCUAAGCACAAGUACUGUAUGCUGCUCUUUACAGUUUUUGUUGUAGUUUUGGUGUACUGUAUGCAGUAUUAAAUGUAAUGUGAUGAGAUGGAACCAAACUUUUACUUUAUCAUUCUACUGAAGAGUUCAAUGCAAAUUAUCAACACUAAUAUAUUUAAAUAAAGUACCGUAUACUUAUAUUUUAUGGCAGAAACUAUCUUUUGAUAUUACAAGGAAUGUGUGACAAAGGAUUACUGGAUUAUGGAUAUGUACAUUUCAGCAAUGUUAGGUUACACAUCAAAAGUAUUUCAUUAUUGCUCAUAAUUUAGUACAGACAAAAUUACGUUUCUCAUGAAAUCUCCAGUGUUUGUUUUAGAAGAAAUAAACUGUAUAUACUGUG